UUCCGAAUGCAUUUUUGUUGAUGCUCCUUCUUCUCUACCAAAAAUUAGAUAACAAAUUUCUUCCUGUUAUUUACCACUUUAGACGAUAUUUACUCUUUGUUUUCUUGACUGGUUUUGGAGCUUCUUUGUACCAUCGCAUACGGGAGAACACAUUGUUUGCCAAAGUAUUAAACCCGCUAGUCGUUCAUCUUGUCGAUUCUGUCUCAAAAAAACACGUGGUUGACUAGCACUUCAAAAAAAAAAAGCAACAUGGUUCAGGGCAACGUAAGAGCAGAUGCUGGGAGCUCUAGCCGCGAGUAUGGAAUCACCUUUGAAAUCGCACCUCCAACCACUGUUGCACCUGGGGUGUCCAUGUCAUUACCAGUGAUUGUGGCUGUGAGGCCGGUAGGAAUGCCGAGGGCCCCAACGCAGCAGCUGGUCGCGCAUAUAUCGCUCCGAAACGAAGCAGGAACCGCCCCGGUACCCGGGCUCACGGGGAUUGUGACCUCGAGUGUGCGCAGCAGCAGUGGAAACACGACGAGCGGGUAUGCGCGGUUCGGGCCUCUCAAAUUCACCCAAGCCGGGAGAUACCGAGUGCGGGUCAUGCUCGGGGCUGCCUCGUCCCAUGGGGUCUCGACGAGGGAGUAUGUCGAUUCUGGAAUCAUUACUGUUCAAGCGGGUGCUGCACCUCCGCGUCCAACACCCUCCCAGGUAGCCAAAUUGCACAGCCUAAUACCGGAGAACAUCGACAUUACAGCUGCGGACAUUGCAGCAUGGCAGGGAGCCUGA